AUACACUAAUCUAUAUUCACUUCUACCAUGUGUGGGAUCGGUAUUAAAAAUAUUGUUACUGUUACAUAUCUAGAGGAGGGUGUGGUGUGGUUGUAUAUAUAACGUGUAAUUGUCUAUUUACUUCACACUAUUUUUGAAAUAAUCAGCAACAUGUUCGUAAAACUGGUCGUAUUAGCUUGCUCUUUGGCAGUAGCCACAGCUGUCUGGAAUGGUCCCUUAGCCGGUGGCCAGCCAGCACAUCUCUACCCCGCAGGAGUCAGUCCACAAGCUUGCCCAAAUUUCCCCAACUGUGCUAACCCCGCCGUAGCUGCCAACCCACAAGCCCCAACUGCUCAACAAUGGGGAGCCCCACAACAACAAUGGAAUGCCCAACCUCAACCACAGUGGAACCAAUGGAACAACAACAACAACAACAACCAAUGGAACCAAGGACAAUACAACCCAUCUCCUGUUCCACAACAAUGGGGAAACGAUGCUACAUCUAGACUUAACAGCGGGGAAUACAUUGGUGAUGGAGAUUAUCACGGUGAAGGACUUGUUGAAGCUCGUGCUCCAGGUUAUGAAAACCAAAACUUGAUCGCCCAAUGGGACAACCCCAACCAAGGAGCCCCCAACCAAUGGAACAACGGCGCCAACCAGUGGAACGCUCCACCAAACGCUCACCAAGCCCACGGUGUAGGUCAAAUCCCAGCUGGAGUUGAUGCCCAAUCCUGCCCCAACUACCCAUUCUGUUCUUAAGCGAGCUAGACAAUCAGGCUGACAACAUGUUGCCAAUAUUUAUAUAGUUUAAUUUUGUAUCUCGACUUAAAAAAAAUAGCUGUGCCGAUAUUUGCUGUGUGUAUAAGUGAUAGUUCGGAAAACGUCUUUUCUGGUCAUAAUCUUGCAACUGAGUAGAUGUAUAAUGUAAAAUGUAUAGCAUAGUUGUAAAUAUAAGUAAAAUGGUAACAUUUGCCAAUAUAAUCUAUAAAUCAGAUACAUUUGCACUAGAAUCGUUAAUUUUAUUAUUAGUUUCUAAUGAGUUGCAUUGUUAUGUAGUCGUCGUCCAGAAAUUCGUCGUCGUUAAUGUAAAUUGGUUAAAAAUAAGUUAUUUUUAUAAUUUGCUGCGUUGAAUAUUUUUAUAUUAAACGUAGAGAUACCACAAUUUUGUACCUCUUCAGAAAAUCUAGUACCUACUUUUGAUAACUGUCAAAAAAAAUUAAAAGGUAUAAAUUUUUAAUAAAAUUUAUUUACCAAAA